AUGAAUGAAGCCAAAAUUAUGACUACUCUCAUGCAUCCUUUAUCAAAUCUUGACAAAGAUGAAAAUGGAAAAGAUUUUCCUGAAAAAGAAUAUAGAGGAAUGAUUGGAUCACUUUUAUAUUUAAAUGCUAGUAGACCUGACAUUGUUUUUGCAGUUGGCCUAUGUGCUAGAUUUCAAACUGCACCAAAAGAGUCACAUUGCAUUGCAGUUAAAAGAAUUUUCAGAUACCUUGUAGGCACUCCAAGUGUAGGCCUAUGGUAUAAAAAGGGAACACACUUUGAUCUUAUGGCAUAUUGUGACGCUGACUACGCCGGAGAUAAAAUAGAAAGAAAGAGUACAAGUGGCGCAUGUCAACUGCUCGGAGAAGCUUUAGUUAGCUGGUGUUGUCGAAAGCAAAACACUAUAGCAUUAUCCACCACAGAGGUUGAAUACAUUUUCGCUGCAAACUACUGCUCUCAAGUAUUAUGGAUUAGAAAUCUAUUAGAAGAUUUCUAA